GGAAUCCAUUUAUAACUUGCGCGAAACGAAAAGAUGGAAUAAAUAGUCAAGACAUUCAAAACACAGAGAAAGAAUCACAGCGAGAGAGAGAGAGAUGGUGCUGUGGGAGAUCACGUUGGGGACUGCGUAUUUCCUGGGGCUGAAGCGCACGUUCAAGCUCGCUCUGAGGAUUCAACGCAAGGUCGUUAGCGCCAAGCACCCCAAGAUCCGCCAGUUUCUUUACAGUCGAACACGAGCUGUAUUUGAUGUAGCACUCAAGGUUCACCGUAGCAUUCAAGAGAGGGACAUAGAAGUUGGUCGGAAUCUUGGUAACUGGAUUCUGCGGUGCCUUGAUAGAAUGAAACCAGCAGCUCAGAUUCGUGGUUCCUCUCCUGGAAAACCCCCCAAUGGUACUAGCUCAGGGUUGAGCAUGACAAAGCAGACAAGAAACUCCUCCAAUCCGAAACCUCCUGGGGAAACCCAAAUAUCCAGAAAUCAGGAUUCUGCUAGGCAUCUGUUUACCUCAUCUUUUCCAACUAUUUCGAUGAUGGUGCGGCCACUAAAGCCUGCCGGGACUAUGACACAGUAUAGGCACUUCUCUGGCCCUGAAAUGUUGAAAUCAAAUUCUACAAGAGGUUGGUUGGAGGGAGGUCUCCGGAAGGACAUAAUGCAGUGGAUGCUACAAAACUAGCAGUGAAAGCCCUUUUGUGUUAGAGGAGGAAGAUUUUAUAAAUUCAACUACGGAAGAGGGGAUUGAAAGGACACAAUGUAAUGGGAAACUGACGGCUAGAACAUUUUUAUGGUUCAUUGCCUCUUGUAGAUUUUUUUUUGGUUUUUUUCCUGGAUUUUGUAUAUUCUUUUGACCCUCUUUAUCUAAGAACUUGCAGUUGCUUGAGUUUGUUAAAAUGUUUUGACAUGUAAUAAAAAUGAAAAUAGUUUUGAUUA